GCGGCCGGGCCGAGCCGGGACUGCACACCGGUGCCGGGACCCGGCGGUAGGACCCAGGCGCCUGAGGUCUGUCAGAAUCUGACUUUCAGCUCCUGACAAAGACUGUAGCGAUUGGAGGCUGUGCUCUUUGAAAACCCCUGCAGGUGCAGCCAGCUUUGAGGAGCAGCAUGGAUCUCGAUGUGUUGAACAUGUUUGUAAUCGCGGGUGGGACGCUGGCCAUCCCAAUCCUGGCAUUCGUAGCCUCCUUUCUCCUGUGGCCUUCGGCACUGAUAAAGAUCUAUUAUUGGUACUGGCGGAGGACAUUGGGCAUGCAGGUCCGCUACAUUCAACAUGAAGACUAUCAGUUCUGUUACUCCUUCCGGGGCAGGCCAGGGCACAAGCCAUCCAUCCUCAUGCUCCAUGGAUUCUCUGCACACAAGGAUAUGUGGCUCAGUGUGGUCAAGUUCCUUCCAAAGAACCUGCACUUGGUCUGUGUGGACAUGCCAGGACACGAGGGCACCACUCGCUCCUCCAUGGAUGACCUGUCCAUAAAUGGGCAAGUCAAGAGGAUACAUCAGUUUGUAGAAUGUCUUAAACUGAAUAAGAAACCCUUCCAUCUGAUUGGCACUUCCAUGGGUGGCCACGUGGCUGGAGUGUACGCUGCAUAUUACCCAUCGGAUAUCUCCAGCCUGUGUCUUGUGUGCCCUGCUGGGCUGGAGUAUUCGACUGAUAAUGAGUUUGUACAACGGAUCAAAAUGCUGCAGCAGUCACCCUCCAUACAGAAGAUUCCCUUGGUCCCGUCCACCCCGGAGGAAAUGAGUGAGAUGCUUCAGCUGUGUUCCUAUGUCCGCUUCAAGGUGCCCCAGCAGAUCCUGCAAGGCCUUGUCGAUGUCCGCAUCCCUCAUAACAACUUCUACCGAAAGCUGUUUUUGGAAAUUGUCAGUGAAAAGUCCAGAUACACUCUGCAUCAGAACAUGGAGAAGAUCAAGGUCCCAACGCAGGUCAUCUGGGGGAAACAAGAUCAGGUGCUUGAUGUGUCUGGAGCAGACAUGUUGGCCAAGUCGAUCGCCAACUGCCAGGUGGAGCUUCUGGAAAACUGUGGGCACUCAGUGGUGAUGGAGAGACCCAGGAAGACAGCCAAACUCAUCAUGGACUUUUUAGCUUCUCUGCACAACACAGACAACAACAAGAAACUAGACUGAGGCCACUCUUGCAGCCUGCAUUCUGCACACAGCAUCCACUCCCAUCCCCCAGACCUGAAGCGGCCACCACUCUCAGGGAUCCUGCCCCAAAUGCAGUUGGAGUGCCAGCGUCACUGAGGAAGCCAGUCACCUGUUCCCGGCAUCCUUGGUUCCAUAGAGCUUCAGGAGGCCACAGGAAAUCUCCAAGAUCUUUUUCACAAACUGGAAACCCAAAUGGAACAAA